GUCGUAUCUUAACUUCCUGUUCGCAUCAACAAGAGCCGUUCAGAAAACCACAGACAGGUCACGUGACGCAGCAGGUCUACAAAACCGUCUGUGUUCGCGAGCUGAGCGAAUCGGCCUUUUGAUCGGUUAACAACCGCCGAGGCUCUAUUUUUAUUUCACAAUGAUGCUGAAGAAACUCUUCCUGUGAAAGAAACACAGAAACCAUCAAAAGAGGAAGAGGAAGAGGAAGGGCAGGAGUGGAGGGAGAGGUGAUGGCCACUUCUGAUGAGAACUGCAGUCCUGUUAACAUCGCGAGUGGUGAGUUAGAUUCAGAGCUCCUGUUCUGGUUUAAUUUGAUGUUGUUUAAAUAUGAAGUAUGGUUGAGUGAAGGAGCUUAAAUUUAAAACAGAAGUGAGGUCAGGUGUAGAAGAAUGAACGACUGAAAGCAAAAGUAAUUUUAAGUUUGAGUUACAGAGUCUGUACUUGAUGUCACCUGCCGGUAACCAGUUUUAUACAGCUGUUCAGACGGCGCUGACACAGCAGCCAUUUUACCCUGACUUCUGACUUACAGGUGUUAGCUAAAAGUUGAUGUAAUGUUACCUAGGUUUGAAAUUGUUGCAAACAGUGAACUUUCUACAACUUUCUACAUUUUUCUAAAGAUGUGUUUGGUAACCCGUCAAACACCAACAGCUACAUCCACCUCAAGAUCAAGUUGGCCGUGUUCAUCGAUGUGAGUGUAGGCUGUAUUUUUUCGGUAAAAGUUUAUAUUUAAAAGCUGUUUGGAGACAGACAGCAAGGUGUGUUAAUGCUCAAACGCCUCCUUUCUCAGGAUAACCCUUUCGAAACCAACAGGUUAGUUUAGAGUAUAAAAAUACCCCUUAGAUACCGACAGUUUAGUAAAAACAGCAAACGUAAACAGCUACCAAUCAAAGUCAAGAAAACCUAUCAGUACUAUCUAACUGUGUUCUUCUUUGUUACUUUAAGCUAGCAUUUUUCUUAGUUACAUAAAAAUGUUGGUAACUCAUUUGGUACAAACAACCAUUUCUCAGCUUAUACUGUUUGAUUUGUAGGUCAAAAACUUAAAAGUCUUUACAUGCCAAAAGCUAAGUAACGACUAGUGUAAAGUUUUACCGCCUCUCGCUAAUGACUUUUAGCGACAUUUCAGAAAAGGAAAUAAAAAGUUAACCUAUUAGGUACAAACAGCGAAGUAAAAGUAGUUUUUGUGACUAGCUAACCACUUUCUUGCUAACACUUGUAUUUGCUAGCAUACUUAGUAGGACCAUUCAUCCUCUUUUUAGGGGGGAUGUCGGGGUUUGUCAGGGGAAGUUUAUAAAAUCCUUCAAAUGUUCGCAGUUUUGUACUCAAGUUUCGAUUUUGUGUCACGUGGACUUACUGAGUUAGAAGCACAUACCAGACACUCGAUCCAACCCGAAAAACUCUAAAUUUACUUUAUGCGACUCGGUGACUCUAAGCUCCUGUGAAACGUUUUUAUACUUCUUUAAAAGAGACUGAAAUUUGCUUUGUCGGCUUUUUAUUAUAUCCAAAAGCAAACAAGAGCGUCUCAUGAUUAAUCGUGUGACAGCCUUAAUGUAUAUAUAAGGAGCAGAGGGACAUGGGACUCAGGAGGAGAUGUCCAUUCGUCCCAUUAUUUACAUCUGUGUGUCAAGUUAUACGCAGAUGACUGAUUCUUCUAUUUUUCUGUGUUUUGUGUCAUCCAGAUUGUCCGGCACGAAGCACCGAGGAAGUUCUUCUCCCUUUCUUCACGGAUGAAAGUCUACAGACCACCAUGGACUCACAACACCCUCAACUCGUCCACAGCGCGUCUCCACCUGCUCUCCCAGAACUCAGACUGGUCCUUCUGGGUCGCAAAGGGGCUGGAAAGAGCGCGGCGGGCAACACCGUUCUGGGCGGAGUAGGAGGCUUUGAGAGCGGGAAGCCGACGGAAGAGUGCGUGAAAAGACGAGCAGAUGUGAUGGGGAGAAAAGUCACGGUUGUGGACACUCCAGGGUGGGAGUGGUACUACCCGCUGAACAGCACCCCCAACUGGGUGAAGAAGGAAACUUUACGGAGUGUGUCGCUUUGUCCUCCUGGACCUCACGCCGUGCUUCUGGUGGUGCGAGCACGUGCUGCAGUUACAGAGGACUACAUCAGGGAGAUGGAGGAGCACCUGGAGCCGCUGGGGAAAGGAGUUUGGGACCAUACGAUGCUGCUGUUCACCAGGGGGGACGAACUCGGCCUGGUCUCCAUGGAGCAACAAAUCCUGACGAGCGGGAAAGUACUCAAGGGACUUCUACGAAAGUGCGGGAACAGAUAUCACGUUCUGGAUAAUCGCAGCAAAGGAGACGGCGCCCAGGUGAAGGAGCUGAUGAGGAAGCUGGAGGAGAUGGUGGAGAAGAAGGACGGGAGCGGACAUCUAGAGACGGAUAACAUAGCUCUGCAGGGAUUGGAGGCCGACGGGAAGAGGAGAGCGAGAGAGAGGAGGAAGAAACAGAGACAAAUGGAGGAGCAAGUGCAAAGAGGGACGAUCAGAGCCGCUCUAAUGAGUGAGUUAUUCAUGCCGAUAAUUGCACAUCAUCUACUCCACUAUCUGCUCCACUUCACUAAACAUAUAAUUUUAUUGAUAUUCAGGUAGAAACACAACUAGGAAGUUUUGCAGCUUCAUGCAGUUUGUUCUUGUUUUGUGUCUGAUUGAGGAGAUGAGCUGUCGGCAUCUCCACUUCCUCCUGCACACAGCUGCUAUUAGUGUUGGGUGGUAUGAACAGAAUCUUGUAUCACGGUAUGUUUUUUCCCCUGUAAAUUCAAUUAAUGGCUUAAAAAUAACCAUACUUUCGCAUUUGUUCAUUGUCGGACCAGUCUGGUGAUUUUUUUAUCACAUGGCAUACCUUUGUUGAAAGACUCUGUCAAGCUCUUUUGUAUAAGAGGAGCUGCUGCAGCUUUAGUUUUUGGUGCAGCAGGUGCGCCAUGCAUCUUAUGGCACUAAUAAUAGAGCUUAGCGAGUUUCAUCUUUAGGUGGUGGUAGAGGGUGCUGGUGUUUCCUUCUCCAGCAAUGACAGCCACAUGACACUCUUUGCAUAGUAUUGUUUUUUGAUCAUUGUCAGAUUUCCAGACAACUGAUGUUGCGACGUCUUGCGCCCUUUUACCGGAACGAGUUUCUCCUCCUCUUCCUCAUGUUGGGUGGGUCGGGCUGCCUUUGUUUGGUCGGUACUGCCACUAAUCUCCGUGUCCGCCAUGACCACCACCAGUGAAGCUGUUUCUUCUUCAUCAAGACUAUGCCAAGCAGUCUGCUGGAUAUGCUGGUGAUUAUAGGGAGUGUACCCAAACCUGACCAAUCAAACGGAGCGAACAAACUCCGCACGACACGCUGGUGAAUAUACGGAAACGCACCCAAACUGAUGCGCUCCGGCUUUCCUGUUAGCGAGCAGAGACAACAACACACUGACUCAGAGAGAUGAAGCAGACAUCUGCUCUCUCUCUCCAGUAUAAACGGUAUCCCAAGAUUUCUACCGGUAGACAGUUUCAUACCGUCACACGGUAUAUCGUCAUACCGUCCAACAGUGGCUCGCCCAACAGAGCGAAACUACAUCCCAGAUGCCAAAAACUCAGACGAAUACAGGUUUUGUUUUCAUAAACAAGACAAUAACAAGGUUUUAAGGGUUUUCAGGUGGCACCAUCAACUUUCAGCAUGUACCUUUCUUUGUUCCAGGUGAUGGUCUCCAGAGCUCGCAGCUGGACGCCCACCAGUCUUUCUCCAAGUCUCCUCGUCGUCUACCUGAAGUCAGACUGGUUCUCCUGGGCGAGCGUGAAACUGGGAAGAGUUCUGCUGGGAACGCCAUCCUGGGCAAAGCCGGCGUCUUCCAGGCUGGAGAGGUGACAGAGGAGUGCAACCAUCGGCAAGCGGAGGUGGCCAUGCGGAUGGUGACGGUGGUGGACACUCCGGGAUGGGAAGGAGGGAUAGCGGGCGCCACACCUGAAAGGGUGAAAAGGGAGAUAGUUAAUAGUGUGGCCUUGUGUCCUCCAGGGCCUCAUGCACUCUUGUUGACUCUGAGGGUGGAUACGCUCGUGAGGGUGGGGCAUGUGAAGGAACAUUUGGAGCUUCUGGGCGAGGGCGUCUGGAGGCACACUAUGUUGUUGUUCACCCAUGGGGACCAACUUCGAGAGGGGGUGGAUAUCGAGCAGCACAUCCAAGGAGGAGGCAAGGACCUCCAGUGGCUGCUGGAGAAGUGCAGGGGCAGGUACCACGUCAUCAGCAGCGUCGAUGGAGGUCGAGGAGGAGGCCCCAGUAUGGUUGGAGAUCUUCUGCACAAGGUGGAAAAGAUGGCCUCCAUGAACAGAUGCGAGGCUUUCUCUGGUUUGGUGAAGGAGGUUCAAGAUCUAAGCCGGCAGAGGAAUGAGAAGUUCAACCAGCGCCUGAAGGAGAUAGGGGACAAAAUGCAACGGCAGGAGAUGGAGCUAAAAAACAUGAGAGAGAGGGAGAUUAAGAGCCUGAGGAGGAUUUUCGACUGGAAGAGGAAAUCCAAAUCACCCGGGAAAGCAGACAUCCAGAAGGAAGAGGAGGAGGAUGAAGACAAGAGAACGGGCGAGAAGAAGAACGAUUACGGGGAUCUAGAGGAAAGGAUGCAGUGGCUCACAGAGGAUAAAGAGAGGGAGAUUCAGGAUCUGAGCAUCGAGAACGAAAGGAUUCGCGCCGCGCUGAACCAGAGCGGAAAAGAAAAAGAUAAGGCGAUGCUAAACCUGGAGCUCAAAGACAGAGAGAUUGAGGAGCUGCAAGAAAGACUCGACGAGCAGCAGGCGAAGCUGCUCGAUCUUGAACGUGCCACCGCGGAGAAAGACCAUGAGAGGAAACAGAGAGAGGAAGCUAUGAAGACGGAGAAGCAAAAGUGGACGAGUCAGGAGAAGAAACUGAUAGAAAACAUGGAGCUGCUGGAGGAAGAGAAGACGGAGAUGGUGCAAAAAGUUGAGUCUUUGAAAACAGAGAUCAUAGAAGUGAAAGAAGAGUUCGCUAAAACUCUGGAGAAAAACAAGGAGAUGGAAGAAAAGCUGAACUUAAAGCUGCAGGAAAAGGAAAAGGAGGCGGACGAACUGAGGAGGAAAUUCUCAGAAGAAAAGCAGAAAAUCCUUGAAAAUGAAAGAAACAUGCAGAGAAAAGUCGAAGAGCUGAAAUCACAACAUGAGAAAGAGAUAGAGAGAAACAUUCACGAGAAAGAAAGAGAGAUCGAAGACAUGAAACUGCAUCACCAGAGAGAGAUGGAGAACCUGAAGAAUAAGAUGGAGACGAUGAAAGUUCAACACCAACGAGAAAAAGAGAGAUUCGAGAGAGACACAGAGGAACGAAAGCAAGCGAAUAAAAGAGAGACGGAAAAAUUAGAAGAGAAGUAUUUUGUCCAAAUAGAAGGAGCGAUGCAAGAAAACGAAAAAGAGAAGGAAAAGAUCUAUCAAAACCACAGGAAAGAGAUCGAAAACAUGACGCAAGAGAAAGACAGAGAAGUAGAAACGUUAAAACUGCAGCAUCAGGAUGAGACGGCGAGAAAAAUGAACGAAAUGCAAAAACUAAUGGAGGAGAGAAAAACCGAACAAAAGCAAGAAAUAGAGAAAAUGUUGAAAGAGAAAGAAGGAGAAGUGGAAAGAGUCCGACAACAAUGCAGCGAUAAAGUAGAAGACCUAGAAGAAGAAAGACGGAGAGAGAUCGAAACGCUGAAACGACAGAUUACAGAAGAAACGGAGAAACAAACACGGGAGAGACAGCAAGAGAUAAGAGACUUAGAGCAAAAGUUUGACGCUCAAAUUAAAGAAAAAGAGCGAGAAAAUGAAAAAGAGAGAAAACUGUUGACUGAAAAUCACGAAAGACAAAUCGCAGAAAAGAUGGAAGAGAAGGAGAGACUGACAGAGGAGUUAAAACAUCGCCACAUCGAGGAAAUCGAAGAAAAAGAGAGGGAGAGAGAAAGUCUUGUUGAGAAGUUUGAGCAGAAGGUGGAAGAGAAAGAAAAAGAGAUAGAAGAACUUAAAGUGAAUGUGAAAGAAGUUAAAGAAAAACUGCAAGAAAAGGAAGAGAAAGAAAAGAAACAGUUUACAGAGAUGACAGAACUGGAGCAACAAGUCAGAAGAAAAGAGAAAGAAGUGGAAGAGAUGAAGUCAAAUCUUCAAGAAGUGGAGGAAAAACUGCGACAUAAAGAAGAGGAAAAUACAGAUCAUUUAAAGAAUAAGGAAGAGAUGGAGCAAAAAUUAAAGGAAAAAGAGAAAGAAAUCCAUCAAUUAAAAGGACUCGAGCAAGAGCUGAGUCGACUCAGCGAGGAAAGAGAGAGAGAAACUUUAAAUCUGAAGAAACAGACGGAGCAGAAGAUCGAAGAGAAAGAAAGAGCGAUAGAGAAACUAAAGCAGCACAUUAAAGAUGUCGAUGAAAUCCUGCAGAGAAAAGAGGAAGAGAGAGGAGAAACCAUCCUGAGUCAGAAGAGAGAGGCGGAACGACGACUGCAGGACAAGGAAGAAGAGAUGGAGGAGAUGAAACGGCAGCUUUUAGACGACACGGAGAGAAGGGUCAAAGAAAAGGAAACCGAGAUCGAGAGUCUCAAACGACAGGCUGACUCGAGAGAAACAAGAUGGAUGGAAAAGGACGAAACAAGAGAGAGUGAGAUGAAGCGACUGCUGGAAACUGUCGAGAAGAAAUCAGAAGAAGUUACCCGAACACAAUCACUCCUCGAGGAGAGAGACGAGAAAUUUGAAAACACGUGUGCAAACUAUUUGAGAGAAAUCGAAGAGCUGAGAGAAAGCAGUAAAAUUCAGAUCGCUAGUUUGGUCGAGGUUCAGCAGCGGCAAACGGAACAAGAGAGGAAAAAAAAGGCUGAGAUGACGGAGGAAUUCGCCGAACUGAGGCAGAGAGAUCACGAAAACGAGAAAGAGAUCGUCCAACUGAGGCUAACGAUCGAGCAAACAAAGUCGGAGCUGAAGGAACUCACGAACAAAAUGGAGAAAGAGACGACAAAGAUGGUUCAGAUGAUUCAGGAAUACGAGAAAGAGCUUUCACAAAGAAACGAGAACAUCCAAACCAUCACGAGAGAAAAGGAGUCAGCUCUGAGCUGUUUAGAGGAAAGUCGGCGAAGGGUUUCAGACGUCGGCGAGAAGUUGGAGGAGAGUCAAGGGACGGUCAAGGAACUGCAAGAAGAAAAUGAGAAGAUGAGAAAAGAGAUGGAAAAUCUCAAAGUUCAAUAUGAGGAGCUGAAGAAGGACGAUGAGGAAAUGAGGAAACAUCUCAAAGAGUACGAACAACAAGCACAAAGGAAAGAAGACGAAAUCCAGGAGAGAGGCGAAGAAGUCGAGAAGUUACAGGAUGAAAACGCCAAACUGCAAGUAGAGAUGGAUGAGAGAGAAAGGCGGAUGAAAGAAAUGAUGGAAAGACAAAGUGAGUCGAGAUUGAAGGACAGGGAGAUCGAAGAGGAGAUCCUGCAAAAGGAAAAAGACGUAGGAGAAAGGGAAGAAGGUCUGAUUCGAAAAGAAGAGGAGUUGAUCGAAAGAGGCCGCAAACUUGACGCAAAAGAGGAAGACCUGGGACACAUGGAUCAAGAACUUCGACAACGGGAGGCAAGUCUUGAAAAACGACACAAGGAUCAAGACGAAAAAGAUAAACUCGAGAGCGUGAGAGCGCAAAACGUCAAGAGGAAGGAGAGGGAACUGGAGAACCUACUCAAAGCUCUGGAGGGCAAACAGAAAGAGCUCAGUUCUCACGGUCAGGAUCUCCAGAGGAAGGUAAGAGGACUGAAGGAUCAUGGGAAAGAGCUGAAAGACAGAGAGAGCUUCCUACUGAAUGAAGAGCAGGAGCUCCUCAACUGGAAGUCGGAGCUGCACAUGAGAAACGAACACGUCAACUCCACGACGCAACAGCUGGACGAGAUGGGGCGAGACUUGGCUUUGCUGAAGGAGGAACUUCGCAACAAGGAGAGGACUUUGAAGGCCACGUUCGAGAAACUGAGAAGAUGGGAAGAGAACCUAAAAGAACGAGAGGAGACUUUGAAGGAAAGAGGAUUAGAGAGCGACGAAGAGGAAGGUGAGAGAUCAGAGUAUGAACAGGUCAGCGAAAGGAGAGGGAAGGAAAGAGGAAAGGAGUCGGACACGAAAGAUAGGGAGAAAAACGCAAAGAGUAAUAACUGUCACUUUGAAACGCUAGAGGGGAUGGAGAUAACCGAGGAAGAGGAAGAGAUAAGAGGAAGAGAAGUGAAGAUGAGACAGAAACAAGACCCGGAAAUGUCAGCGAUCAUUCAGGAUUUACAGUUUUUAUCUGCGAGUCCGGGUCAGAGCAGCUCCGAAAACAAAGGUUUGAGGGUGUUGGUGUUAGGAGAGUCCUGGUCCCCCUGCUCGCCAUCUGGAGUCAGUAUCCUGUUUGGAGAGACGCCCAAUCUUGGCGAUUCCUCCUUCAGAUCAUGGAGGGGUCAGAUAGACGGACGCGGUCUCGAAGUGGUCGAACCUUUAGGUCUAAAGUGGCGAAACGGACCAGAUACACCCGACUCAGAGCAAAGGAAAAACAUCCGUGACAGCAUCUCGCGGUGUCGCCCCGGACCUCACGUCAUCCUGCUGCUCGUGCCGGCGUUCUUGAACUGCACGCCGAAGUACAGGAGAGCGGUCGAAGAGCAUGUAAGUUUACUCGGUGACGAUAUCUGGAAACGCACGAUGAUGCUGUUCACGUGGGGGGAAGUUUUAGGGAAGAGCGCGGAGCAGCACGUCCUGAGGAACGGGGAACUGACGAAGCUCAUACGGAAAUGUGCGGGAGGGUAUCACAUGAUCACCAGCAAGAAAAACAACUCAGUGGUCGGGCAGUUAUUGGCGAAGAUGGAGGAUAUGGUACAAUGAAAAGCAGAGCUGAGAAGAGACUGUGAAUUUAACUUUAAAAAACAACAAUAUUUUUAAUGUAUAAAUGUGAAAAUAAAUGUUUUAAUAAACUUGACAGAGCAAGGACAGAGAUCGUGUUUUUGUUGUAUGUUUGAGUAAUUAAUGUGCCACAAAGUUAAAGUUCGUACAAAGUUUUGAAGCAAUUUUCUAAGCCACAUGCUCAAAAGAUUAUUUUUUGAUUUCCUCUGUGGUUUAAAAUUGUACAAUAUUAGCGUGCUUUGUUUUAAUUUUGUUGAGGUUUGUAAAUUAAGUACAGUUCAACAGUUUCCAAAAGCCGGAAACUUAUGAGACAGUAUUGAUUUGGCUUAUGAGGACUCGGUUAAAGUUGGAUUUUUCUAAGUACCACAGGUUGAAAUUCUGAGACUUUCACUUCAAAACUUGUGACAAAAGUUUAGCUGGUGGUUUUGAAACUUUGGUCGGGUUACACAUGCUCAAGAAAAGUAUUUUUACCUUAUGAAAGUAAAAGUAGCUUUUGUACUGAGGUUAUUUCUGUUGCUGCAUAUAAAACUGUACUCCUGUUAAUUUGACAACGACUGUUUCUUCUCGGCAUUAAUCAAACUGGCGUGAGCUGGUUAUCGUCAUUUACCAUCAAAGUUGACUCACUUUUAUUCUUUAAUUAACUUCCAUAAAUGUUUUAUUUGGUCCUGAAGUCACAGCACAGUUUUGGUUCGAUGCAGAUCUAAACGCGUAAAUGUCUUUUUGUUUAUUGUCCUGUUUGCUAAUAAUACAAAAGGCAUGCUUAAACAAUUCAACAAAGUGCUGAUUUUUAUUUCUCGGUUGCAAAGUUCAGGUACAGACUAAUUUUGGGAUCUGCUUCAAGGGUCACGAGAUAAAUUUUAGAGGCUGUUAAGGAUAAAAUAAACACAAAAUAGGGACAAUUUUUGGUAUCUAUAUUAGUUUAAAGAGGUAAUUAGAUUUCGUAUGUGCAGGUCAGAGAAUCAAGGCGCGGUGAAAAAUGUAAUGAGCUUCACCAUCAGUGAUGAUCCGAUGUUUUUAGGCCUCCUGUCAAUGUCAAUUCUCUGUUUCUCCUGCUUUAAGCGUUAUUACCAAUAUACACAAGUCAUUUUCACAAAUGAUCCCCAUUCAAUAAAUCUUAACACAUCAUCUUUCAAAUCUGUAUUUGUAGUUCUCUUGAUUAAGACCUGACGCUCCUGGUCUUGGUAUCAAAACACAGCGUUUACGGUUCGAAAGAAUAAAUCCUUGUGGUUCAGAUAAAAAAAUAAUAAAAUAAUAAUAAAAUAAUAAAAAAAUCUUUAAAAUCUAUGUUUUUAAUUUCCCUGAUUGGGACUUGCUGCUGGUCUUAUGAUUGAAAUAUGGAAAUGGAAGUUCAUAUAAGCUCCAGGGAGUCAUACGGAGGAUAUAAGGUGAGAAAAACAAACAGCUUUAUAAUCUGUAAUAUUUUUUAAUAUUAGUUUUUUUCAACGUUGGCUUCUUAUGGUCUUGAACACAGGAGGGGAUCUCACCCUAAAGACUGAAACCUCUGGAUUAAAAACUUCAUCAUGUGUUUUCCUGGUUAACUCCGAAUCUAGAAAUCAACCGUCUCCUUUCAGACAGAAAUAUCGUGUAUAAGUAAAAGCAGCCGGAAGUUUCAGUGUGAAAACGCCGAUAUUAAACACUCUGCUUAUUAAACGAUUCAUGUAAAUCUUCAUCUCUAAUUCGCUGCUUAAAAAAAUCUCAAUGAGGUGUAAAUCCACCAUCAUGUGUGAGCGAUCCUCAGACGACCCGAACCGUCCCCCACUGAAAGGACUUCCUUACUCUCUCCACAAGAUGGGGGCCUUGUGUCGGUGUAGAGAUUAUACUCUCUGAGCACCAAAGUAAUCAGUGUUCAAAAUCCUCCCUGACAAGGAGUUGAUGGUGAAAGUAUGGUGAAGCUAGUCAAAUAUUUUUAACCAUGUUUUUACAAUUUUCCGUGUAAAUGGCUACUUUUAAAAGGAAGAGUACACAAAGGCUGACUAGCGGGCCUGUGCUCCAUCUUGACUGGAGGCAUUUCAGGAGAACCAAAGCAUCUCGCAAUUAUAACCCCGGGGAGCCUCCCGCACGCUGAGAGGACUCCUGCUUUGACAAGUAAAUUAUGACUCUUGAU